AUGCUGCUGGCGGGCCUCGAGAACGCCCUUUCCGAUGAUGGUGCUCGAUCCACCUGUGCUGUCGUAAAAGGACGGGGCUUUAAACAGUACCUUUCCAGUAGGUGGAACCUCGGAUUCUGGGCUUUUACUUGCCUCUUCAUUCUCGGCAACCUCAUCUCCGUGCCCCAUCGUGGUGCUCCCAUCUGGCUGCCGAGGUUUUUCCUGGCAAUUUGUCUGAUGUCCGGCUUCGUCUUACUUUUCCGUUACCUCGUGGUCAUUCGCUCUAUCGGUCCAAAAUUGCUAAUGAUCAAAAAAAUGGUACUCGGUGACCUCAUUCCCUUCCUGGUUAUAAUCAUAAUCUUUUGGACUGCAUUCACGAUUUUUCUUGUCGUCACAGUCUAUAAGCCACCUACGAACGAAUCUUAUGGAUCUCAGAUGAAAGACUUUUUAACUACAUGGAGGAAUAUGUUCUUUGCAAUGUUCGGUGAAUUCAACAUAGGCGAUAACGUCGACGAACUGGGCAUGUUGAAACCGGAAUGUUCUGCUGCGGAUGGUUGUACCUAUCCUACCUACAAGGGAUGGUAUCCCUUUGUAUACGCCGUUUAUGUGGUCUGUACACAUGUCAUCCUCCUAAACCUGCUGAUCGCUAUGUUUACGUGA